CGUCAGCGGAAAUACGUCACAGGAAGUAGCCGGCAACGGAGCGGACUUCUCUCGAUGGCUACCGCGGUGGUCGUCGAAAGGCGUUCCGAACACUUUUAACUCUCAUGCAGGUUCCCGUGCUGUUAUUAUGUCUUCAGGAAUGGCUCGGCAAACGCCGUGUCUAACCAGCCGAUGGGAUCAGCCGGCCCAAUCUGAGCUGAGCGACAGCGGGAACGUACCACAUCGUGUUUCAGAGGUUGUCGACACGUCUGUUUCAAACUCUUCGCUUCUUUUGACACGGCAAGAAGAAAGCGUGAUGACUGGAGCAGAAAAGCCAGAACCUCAGGGAGGGGUUGAAAUGGCUGCCGCCAUGGCUGCCAAAAUAAAUGCCAUGUUGAUGGCAAAAGGAAAACUUUUGACUCCGCCACCAUUGUUGACCAAGACUCCCGUGUGUGUGCCAGUGCCACCUCCUGCAGAAGAACUAGUUGUCACAGAGGUUGACAUCAAUGAUGUGCCUCUCAAUUGCAGAGACCUUCUCACUAAGGGCAAAACCCAAGAGGAGAUUCGACUGUGUAGUGGGGCAGUUGUCUCAACUAGAGGACAUUUUAUGUCUGACGUUGAAAGGGAAAAAGCUGGAGGACAAAGACCUUUGUAUUUGCAUGUCCAGGCAAAGACCCAGGAGCAGGUCAAUAAAGCUGUCGCGAGAAUAAAAGAGAUCAUCGCUGAGGAUAUGUUGAGAGCCUCUGUGGCUUCUGGAGGUCAACCGAUGCCCAUAAUUCCCCCGCUCACGCUGUACCCUCAGCCCCCUCGCCCUGUCACCCAAGCGCCCAACACCAACGCGGCACAGAGUCAGGGGCAUCGGCCAGCUGCUCCUCAUCCAGGGAACUUUGUCCACACAAAGAUAUUUGUUGGCCUAGAACAGUCGGUGCCAUCAUUCAAUGUAAAUGAGAAGGUCGAAGGUCCCGGAGGAACAUACUUGGGUCACAUCCAGACAGAAACGGGGGCUCGGGUCUUCCUCAGGGGAAAAGGUUCCGGCUACAUUGAGCAAGCAUCCAAGCGGGAGUCUUUUGAACCGCUUUAUGUCUAUAUCAGCCACCCGAACGUAGCUGGACUGGAGGCAGCCAAACAGCUCACAGAGAGUUUGUUAGAAACUGUGAGAGCCGAGCACGCUCGCCUAAAGUCGUCAUACACGGCCACCACCUCAACCCAAUCAUACGCAGCUCAUGGAUAUCCUCCUGAUAGCAAUUACGCUAGCCAGUCAUCCUGGUAUAACUACCCGGCCAAUGGGUAUGCUGGAGUCUAUUCAGCGUACCCGGGAGCCGGUGGUUAUUGGAGUAAUGCAAAUGGUCCCGCAAGUCAUUCUAACAUGUCGACAACCCCUCCAUCUUCUCAGGCAAUGGUUCAGUACCCGGUGUGUCCACGGAAACCAAAUCCCUAUCUUGGGGAGGGUGUUGUUCGCUCUGGCACAGCAGACCCUGUAGGAUCUUUACACGCUCAGCAGGACGCAGGAAGUUCAAUUCAGCAGUUCCAUGAAGGCACAGAGGAAGAACAGCCUCCCACCUCCUCCCAGGAGACUCCUGCUCCUCCUCCUCCUCCUCAAGAGUCCACACUUCCUUCCCCUAUCAUCCAAGACAAAACAGUAGAGAGGAUCCUUAUGCCCCCGCCACCGCCUCCCUUCGCUUCUCUCACUUCCGGCCCCCGCAAGCGACCAAACAACACGGCGACCCAAGACCCGCGGAGUGCGCACGACAGCGCCGCAUCUUCCGGUCUUGUCGAAGAUGUGUGCGAGAAGAAGCCCAAAGUGGAGACGGACGCAUCAGGGCUGGUGCCCUACGGCGGAGACUCUUCCGACGAGGAAGAGGAGAGGACGCGUGGCAGUAAGAGCAGUAACUCGUGACCCCUUAAGGGAUGCGCUUGAAUACCCCAAAAAAGAAACAAAAAAAUCCACUUUCACACAGUACCAUCAUUUUAACGAGUUUGAGGCGGUCUGUUCCUUCAAGUUCUAUUUGAAAAGAAGACACACCAAAGUUUCAGUGUGGGCACAAAAUGUAAAGUUUAAAAAAUGUACAGUUUUCCCUCGCAUAUUCGCAACUCAAAUAAAGUUAUAAAUUUUC